AUGCUUAGAGAACAGAUGUUCCUGAUGCUGUUUUUGAUGAAAGGGUGCAAGUGGCCUCAAGGUUGUCGAAGCCUACCUGUGCAUCCUAGAGAAGAGGAGGAAUUCCGAGAACUUCGAGAACAACCUAGUGACCCUCAAGCUGAACAAGAACUAAUUAAUAGUAUUGAACAAAUGUAUUUUUCUACAGACUUAUUUGAUAUUGUUAAAUAUGAGUUGGAGAAGCUCCCUCCUGUUCUCAAUUUGCAAGAAUUAGAGGAGUACAGAGACAAAUUAAAACAACAGCAAGCUGCAGUCUCUAAAAAAGUAGCAGAUUUAACCCUUGAAAAACAGCCUGCUUAUGUAAAGGAGCUGGAAAGAGUUACCUCAUUACAGAGAGCUCUUCAGUUAGCUGCCAUUAUGUGCACAAAUGGGAGUAGACACUUGAAUAUCGCAAAGGAAGGUUUUACUCAAGCUAGUUUAGGCCUUCUUGCAAAUCAAAGGAAACGUCAGUUGCUGAUUGGACUUAUGAAAUCUCUGAGAACUAUAAAAACAUUGCAAAGAACAGACAUCCACUUAAGUGAAAUGCUGGAGGAAGAAGACUAUCCAGGAGCUAUUCAGCUGUGCCUGGAAUGUCGGAAAGCUGCCAGUACUUUUAAACAUUAUAGUUGCAUUAGUGAACUGAAUUCAAAGCUACAAGAUACUUAAGAGCAAAUUGAGGAACAGUUGGAUGUUGCUCUGUCCAAAAUCUGCAAGAAUUUUGACAUUAACCGUUACACCAAGGUUCAACAAGCUUAUCAACUUCUUGGAAAAACACAGACAGCAAUGGAUCAACUUCACGUGCACUUCACCCAAGCUAUUCAUAAUACCACGUUUCAAGUUGUUCUUGGUUACAUGGAACUAUAUGCAGGAAACACAGAUACAGAGUUCCAAAAGCUGCAAUAUAAGGAUAUCUGUACACAUGUUACACCGGACAGCUAUAUUCCGUGCCUUGCUGACCUGUGCAAAGCACUCUGGGAGGUUAUGCUCAGUUAUUACGGGACUGUGGAAUCGCAUGAAAAGCAUGACAAUGAGGAUGCUACUUCUGCUUCUGAAGGGAGUAAGAUGGGUACUGAAGAAACAAAUUUUGAUCGUGGCUACAUAAAAAAGAAAUUAGAACAUGGACUUACACGAAUAUGGCAGGAUGUUCAGCUAAAAGUAAAAACCUACUUGCUUGGAACUGAUUUGUCUGUAUUCAAAUAUGAUGAUUUCAUCUUUGUUUUGGAUAUAAUCAGCAGGUUGAUGCAAGUUGGAGAAGAAUUUUGUGGUAGCAAGUCUGAAGUUUUGCAAGAGUCUAUUAGAAAACAAAGUGUCAAUUAUUUUAAGAACUACUAUAGAACACGACUUGAUGAACUGAGAAUGUUUCUAGAGAAUGAGACCUGGGAACUUUGUCCUGUCAAGUCAAAUUUCAGCAUUUUGCAACUUCAUGAAUUUAAAUUCAUGGAACAGUCACAUUCCCCAUCAGUUUCACCUAGUAAGCAGCCAUCUUCAACUUCCUCAAAAACAGUAGCCUUGUUUGAGCAGUACUGUGGUGGUGGGAAUCCAUUUGAAAUUCAGGCCGACCACAAAGGUGAAGAAACAGAAGACGUCCUGGCUUCUAAUGGGUAUGAAUCUGACGAACAAGAAAAAAGUGCCUAUCAGGAGUAUGACGGUGACAGCGAUGUUCCUGAGGAACUAAAACGAGAUUAUGUUGAUGAGCAGACAGGCGAUGCUCCUGUGAAAAGCAUUUCUCGAGAGACCCUAAAAAGCAGGAAGAAAUAAGAUUACAGUCUAAAUAAAGUGAAUGCACCCAUCUUAACAAAUACAACAUUGAAUGUAAUAAGACUUGUUGGUAAAUAUAUGCAGAUGAUGAACAUUCUUAAACCAAUUGCUUUUGAUGUUAUCCAUUUCAUGUCUCAGCGGUUUGAUUAUUACUUGUAUGCAGUAUGUACCUUUUUUGGUUGGAAUGAUUCAUUGGAAUCAACAGGACUAGGUCUUAGCAGUAGUAGACUAAGAACAACUCUAAACAGAAUACAAGAAAGCCUCAUUGAUCUGGAAGUUUCAUUGGAUCCUACUGCCACGCUUACAGCAGCAAAAGAAAGAAAGGAGAAAGUACCGAGCCCUCAUUUCAGCCACAUAGUGGUUUUGACAUCUGGGGAUACAUUGUAUGGGUUGGCAGAAAGAGUGGUAGCCACAGAAUCCUUGGUAUUCUUGGCUGAACAGUUUGAGUUCCUUCAGCCACAUCUGGAUGCUGUAAUGCCUGCAGUCAAGAAACCCUUUCUUCAGCAGUUUUAUUCUCAGACCGUCUCAAUGGCCAGUGAACUAGGCAAACCAAUUUACUGGAUUGUAGCUGGGAAAGCCAUUGACUAUGAACAGACGCUGCUCCUAAUGGCUAAUGUGAAAUGGGAUGUCAAAGAAAUUAUGUCACAGCACAACAUGUAUGUAGAUGUACUGUUAAAGGAAUUUGAGCAGUUUAACAUAAGGUUAAAUGAAGUUUCUAAGAGAGUUCAGAUACCCUUGCCUGUGUCUAAUAUACUUUGGAAACAUUGUAUACGCCUGGCUAAUAGAACUAUUGUGAAAGGAUAUGCCAGCGUCAAGAAGUGUAGUAAUGAGGGUCGUGCCUUGAUGCAAUUGGGUUUUCAACAGUUUUUAGUGAAGUUGGAAAAGCUAACAGAUAUUAGACCCACUGCAGAUAAAGAAUUUGUGGAAACCUAUAUUAAAGCCUACUAUCUAACUGAGAAUGACAUGGAACGCUGGAUCAAAGAGCACAGGGAAUAUUCAGUGAAGCAGCUGACCAAUCUGGUAAAUGUUUGCCUGGGAUCCCAUAUCAAUGAGAAAGCAAGACAAAAACUUCUAUCAGCUAUAGAUGAUAUAGACAGACCCAAAAGAUAA